UAUCUACUGUUUUUAUUUACGAAAUUAAGGGUAUGAGUUUAGUAGGGUUUUGUGCUGGUAUGUUGUAUAUAUAAGGUCUAGUAUAUAUAGUUAGUUACAGCUCUUCAACUUGGAUCUACGUAAGAUCGUUCUUCAAAAUACCGUUUAACGACAAAAGCCAUUAACGGUGGCCACACCAACACGAUGGAUUUUGCACAAUUGUCAAGAAAUAUUUCGCAGCGGUGCUACAUUUCUUCACUCAUAGCUUUUGGUUUACUUCUCAUUCUCACCAUAACGAUUCUUCACCAAGAUGCAAGGAUAAGAAAAAUGGAACAGAAUUCAGAGCAAAACCGUUUCCUCUCCAAGAAAUCUCUCGAUGAUAAACCUGAUACACCAAAACCUGCUCUCGGAUCAUUGUAUACCCGGUGGGGGAGAACGACCUGUCCUCCUUACUCAAAUAUCGUAUAUGAUGGUGUGGUUGGUGGACAGCACUAUGACUCUACUGGUGGCGGAAGUAAUCUCUUAUGUCUUCCUAACGAUCCGAUUUGGGCUAAUUUCACUACAGAUCUUGAAGUAGCUGCUACCAUUUAUGGCAGUGAAUAUCAAAUAGCAACUUAUAACGUUAAAAAUAGACUCUUUUCUUUUGCUAAUGCUAAAACACUUCAUGAUCACAACGUUCCGUGUGCUGUCUGUUUGACACGACAACCUGCUGUUGUUAUGAUGUUACCAGCCAGGACACAGUGUUACGCUGGUUGGACAGCUGAGUAUUCGGGAUAUUUGAUGACCGAGCAUAACGGACAUAAGGGCAGACAUGAAUAUGUGUGCGUGGACAAUGCACCAGAAGCUGAUCCAGCAGGUUACAGAAACGAUGAUGGGACUUUAUUGUAUUUCGUUCAGGCUGUUUGUGGUUCAUUGCCAUGUCCACCGUAUGUCAAUGGCCAAGAAUUAACCUGCGUUGUGUGCAGUAAGUAUUAAAUAGAACACAAUUGAGCCCAUUUCAAUUUGAAAAUAUAUGUGUAAAUUGCAUGUGAUAAUACGUAAAAACAUAAUUUUGUUUCAUAAUAUUUUAUUGAAGCAUAUUUUUUAAAUAAGUUGCAGUAUAAUUUUUAGAAAAAUAUUCGAAACGAGAGGGAUGUUCAAGAAGAACAAUGUAAACCUCAGCGAAUAAUUCUUGAAAAACAUUAUAUGGGUUUAGUUUAUCGUAAUACAUUUAUAUAUAGGAAAUAAAAUUAUAUAUUGUCAUCUGUCUGAGUUUUUAACUUUUGUUUCCAGAAAUAAAUUCCUAAACUAGCCAUAUGUCUACUCUUAACCUUCUCAGGUUUCCCUUCAUUAAAAGGUAGGUAAAAUUUAGACAGAGCCAUUUCCAUUUGGUCGAUCUUAUGAAACAUUUGUAGCUCAAGGAAUUGGUACUUAUUCAGAGCAGAACACAUUAGAACUACUGGUUAGUCGUGCAUCAUUAAAUAUCAGAUUCUAAAAUUAGUUGGGAACGACAGGUAACUUCUAAUGAAAUGUUCCAUGAAUUAGCUCAUCAUACACAAGAAGAGCAUAUGACAACUGAACUUCCUCAAAAUGUAUAUAACUCCGUUUUUAUGGCAUAAUGAAGAUAAAUCUUUAUAUAUAAAAGUGAAGUUGUGUGUCUGUCUCCUACGAUUUAGAUUCCUAACUACUCCCACAUUUUGCGGUGCAGUUUAACCAAAACCGGGUAUCUUAUAGUCGUGAUUC